CCUUGUUGCCAUGGAAAUAUAUUUGUCAAACUGCCGGUGUAUUUACUAUCUAAAAACGCUAAGAAAACAAUUAUAAAUACAUAAAACAUCCUUCAUUGUAAAAAUAGUUCAUGGAUAUGAUAUUUUUCCCCAAAAUUUAAUUUUUCUAUGUGCUACAAAUGCGUUUUAAUAUACAAAAUUAAAACUGAAAAUAUGGCUAAUGUUUUAUCAAUAAAUUCAAAUUUAAUAUGUUUAUUCCGUCUUGUAAAUGUAUUGAACUGUCCCAGUGACCUAAUUUAGGACCCAUAUCUUUGUCAUAUGCGUCUUAAGGAAGUACUACCAAUUGUGAUUGGAUAUAAUCAAGUAUUUAUUUCUGUAAAGAUCUGGUUUUGUGUGUAUUGAAUAGAAGUUUUGUAAGACAGUAAAAAUGGAUAGAAAUAAGGUAUUUAGAGCAGACAGUUGACAAUGGAUGAAUCGUCAGUGAAGGUGUAUGGUAGAGUAUCAAAAAAAUGCACAGCGAAAUUCAGCCCACCCAAGCUGACAUUAUCAGGAAACUUUACAAAGGAUAGCAAGCUGUUUGAUAUCUCUGCACCAUUGAAGGAACGGCGCGAGAGCAUGCGCCAGGAUAUCUUGGAGGCAGUCAUGAAGAAAACUGGAGAGGUGAUAAGUCAGCGUGAGGAUGAUAUGUAUGAGGAUCCGAGGGAUGUUAUAGUGACAGAAAAACCAGCAAAACCACCUAGAAAGAGGAAUGUUCAAGGCAUAGCUGUGAGUUCUCCAAGACAGAGCAAAGAAGGAAAGUCUCUUCUUAAAGAACAGAAGAAGAAGUUAACAAAGAAGUAUGAGAGUUUGAUUACAGCAUUGAUGGAAAGAUGUGAAGAGAAUGUACUGGUGAUUUCAGAAAGAGAUGCUCACAUAACAAAAUUGCGGGAGAAAUUGAAAAGCGUAUUGGAAUACAACAAGCUGUUUGCAGAAGAGAAUGAUCAAUUAAGGAAUCAAUACUCAACUCUAGUCAAAUACGUGGAAGAGUGUAAGACAGUGAUCAAAGAAGAAAGAGAGAAGAAUAGGGAUUUGGAAGAGAGAGUUAAGAAGUUCGAAGUUCCUGAUAGGGAUGGAUAUCCGGAGCCGUCCACAGCUAUACCGCUAGUGGAAGUGUGCAUGAGCUGCAGUAGCCGACAGAUAAUACUCAACCAGGCGAGGGAGCAAAACACGAGAUUACAAAAAGACAUGCAGGCUCUGAAGGAUGUCUUGUACAGACUAAAUGUCCAACUAUCACGCUAUCAAGAGAAACUUCGAAGUCAAGGCACUUCUAAGGGGGAUGGGAAAACUGAAUUCAAACUACGCGACAAAUACGACGGUCUGGAUUCACUUAUCAAUGCCAGCUUAGGAUAUAAAGCAGAGACAGGCACUACAGACGAAGCCCAGUCACAGAAGAGCGAAGAACAACCCACCACUGCAAGGCUUGUAGAUCUAUCUGGAUUGCUGAGUGCUCAGGCGAUAGCACCCCUAUUCGACGCCUAUCAAGAAAACCUCCAAGAAAAAGACAGUCUUAUCCACGAUUACGAAAAGCAAUUCGAAAAUAUGAACAAAAAGUCCAAACAAAUAGUUUCUGAGAAUAAAACGCUGGCUGAUAGAGUAAAUAAUUUGGAGGAAGAGUUGGCGCAAGCGAGACAGAACUAUAAGAAGAUGCUUGUUGAGAAAGAGACGGCUGAUAUCGAAAAGGCGACGUUGGUCGAACGAGCGGAGAAAGCCGAGAUGAAAUUGAAGGAGGUCUACGAGUUAUAUGAAGACAAAAUGUCGGCCAUGAUGCGCGACUACGAGACGGUGCACCGCGAGUACUUCAGCGUGAAGAGCGCGCUGGAGACGGCGGAGGGCGAGCUCGGCGCCGCCCGCGUGCUGCGCGCGCGCACCGUGCCCGCCGACCUGCACGAGCGCCGCCUCGACCACUGCAAGCGGCUUCUAGAAGAAUUAAAGCAUCAAUACAACAUGGAGUCGGAAAGGAAAUCGGAGCAAACAGCGAAACUUCAAGAGCAGUUGAAGGUCGUCGAAGAGAAAUAUACGACGCUUUGCACAGAACACCAGAAAACCAAAGAUGAGCUUGAAGCCGCGCUGAAGAAUGUUAGGUUGUACCGCAAGGCGGCGGUGAUAUUCCGGCAGCGGCUGAAGUCCCGCAGCGCGCGCCACUCGCGCGUGCGCAGUGCGGCCGCCCACCCCGCGCCGCUCGCGCACGCGCUGCACGCGCUGCACAGCAUCAGACACGAGAUCAAGAUGGUGAAAUCCCGCGCGUACACGUCGCUAGAGGAGUUGGAGCGUCGCAUAGUGGAGCAGGAGCGCAGAGCUGCGCACGCGCAUGUAGAGUACAAGCGCGAGCUGGACCGCGCCGCGCUGGCGCUCGAACACAAGGAGGCCAUCAUCCGCAGCCUCAUCGACAAGGUCGCUGACGUGGAGGAAGUCAGAUUGAGUCAAACUAACACGCACAGGUUGCAAGGUAUAGUGUCGGAUUCUUCGCCCGAGGGAGUGUCCCCGAAACUCGAGCGGAAAGAGUCGAAGACCAGCGUGAAGUUAGUGCCGGGGUCUGGCGGGUACUUCCAGGAGAAGAGGAAAGGAAAAUAGACUUUAUGAAGUAGGGGCCAGAAUGUUAUUAAAGUGGAUUAUUGAAUAAAGCAACAUUGAUUUGAA